UCCCGGCCUCCCAGCUUCGGGGAUGGGUCUCCUACAGCAUCACUGGUCAUGUGACCUCCUACAGAUGCUAGUAGUAGCAACAUGGCUGGGAGAUCUCUGUGGUCCCUGUCCGUCACAGGAGGUGGGGGUUGUCUGAUGACAUCACUGGGCUCGGCAGGGGAGAGGCUCCACCUGAUUGGCCAAUUGGCUUUUAUCACAUCUGAGCAGAGCUAAGAAUAAAGCCAGCCAGGGAGCAUGAUAACAACACGGAUGCUCCUCAGAGUCUGCAUAGAAGAGAGGCAAUGUUGGCUGACAUGAGACGGUUGGAGGGGGGUGGGGGACGGAAUGUUUAAAUAGGAUGAAGCGUUACGUGGCAACAAGCAAUCUCAGUUUUAGAGUGGUACUCAAGGGGGCUUAAAGCUUUGAGAGUGAAGGCUGGUAGAGAUACAUGCACACAUGAAAUGUAUUUGAUAGUGAGAAAACGUCCAGCUGCAAGAUAUCUCAAGGUGAAACAUAAACCACACUCGUGUCAGCUUGGCUCAGGAGUAUGACAAAGUUGCCCCAAUAUGCUGAUGUAAGGACAGUUUCACAUCUCCCUCCCUAGUGAUUAAGGUCAGGAUUUUGGGGAGAUUAAACUGAUUUCAGACCUGUGCCUAUGGGCAGCUUCCAACUCAAAAUCCUGCUGCUCUUUGUAUCCUAUAGAUGCUGCUGUGGCUUGGAUUCCCAGUAGUGUCAGACCUGGGGCGUAUCCCUCAUGUUGACGGACAGCGGAUGGACAAGGGGCAGCUGUGAGUCGUUGCUGCACUACUUUGUGCAAGUGGAACAAAAGACUGAGGAGAAGGAGACGUCACACAGACUCACCCAAGAUCCCAACGGAGCAGAGAGGUCAGCACUAUUGACACAGACUCACCCAAGAUCCCAAAGGAGCAGAGAGGUCAGCACUAUUGACACAGACUCACCCAAGAUCCCAACGGAGCAGAGAGGUCAGCACUAUUGACACAGACUCACCCAAGAUCCCAACGGAGCAGAGAGCUCAGCACUAUUGACACAGACUCACCCAAGAUCCCAACGGAGCAGAGAGGUCAGCACUAUUGACACUGACUCAUCCAAGAUCCCAACGUAGCAGAGAGGUCAGCUCUAUUGACACAGACUCAUCCAAGAUCCCAACGGAGCAGAGAGGUCAGCACUAUUGACACUGCCUCAUCCAAGAUCCCAACGGAGCAGAGAGGUCAGCACUAUUGACACAGACUCACCCAAGAUCCCAACGGAGCAGAGAGGUCAGCACUAUUGACACUGACUCAUCCAAGAUCCCAACGGAGCAGAGAGGUCAGCUCUAUUGACACAGACUCAUCCAAGAUCCCAACGGAGCAGAGAGGUCAGCACUAUUGACACUGCCUCAUCCAAGAUCCCAACGGAGCAGAGAGGUCAGUACUAUUGACACUGCCUCAUCCAAGAUCCCAACGGAGCAGAGAGGUCAGCUCUAUUGACACUGCGGCUCCUCUAAUGCGCUGAGCUAAAGCUGACCUCCACUGAUUUCACUUUGCUAUUCUUAGAGCUGCUGCAUUGUCCUCAAUUAACACAGAGGAAAGUACAAGAGAGAUAAAGGAAUCGUGCCCAUCCUCUUGAGGAUGGUUUCUUAAACCAUGAGUGGACCCAAAGUGGGCCCUGGGCAUCUGAGGUGUGUCGCGAGUUACAGGAAUAAUUUAUAAUCACACACUAUUUGUAUAUCUCUUCUUAAUUUAGGUCAUUGAAGAACGAUUAGGGUCACAGGGGGAAGGUCAUUUUGGGUCACAAGUUUAAAAAGUUUAGGAACCCCUGCUCUAGUAUAGUAAUAGUAACCUAUUCGAACAGAUAGUGAAUUGACAGAGGAAGUAGCCCCUCUCUGCAUCCCUUUAAUCAAACACAGGAUACAGUGUCCAAUGCACAUCCAAUGAUCUAAAUAUGCUCAGCAUGAGGACAGGAGCACCAGAACUAUUUUUGGAAGAAAUUAUUCCCUGGUAUCCCAGCUGCUGCUAAGCUUUACAGUACUGGAUCAACAAAGAGAUGUCUCCCUCCCUACCACCAGCAUCCCUAGUCCACCUUCAUGUGUCCUUCCUCUCCUCUGCUUCUUCCUCCUCCCAUCUCAUACAGCGUUGCUGCGGUGAUGUCAUCAUUCCCUGCUCCAGCCAAGCCAGAGAUUUUAUUCUGAGCUCUCCAAGAGCUGCAGCAGCCAUCACAUGGGCCUCACCACUGCAUCACUCACCUCCCCCCUGCUGCAGGUAGCUCAGGUUGCUAGGAGACACUUUCCCUGGCUGCCUAGUAACAGAUAAAUGUUGUUUUUCUUCCUCUGAUGGAUGAGAAAGGACUGCUUUAACACCUUCACUUUGGCUGCUCACCCACCCCCUGGACAGUGCAGUGGGACUCUGGGCAGCGACGUGGGACUAUGGAGAGCGACGUGGGACUCUGGACAAUGCAGUGGGACUCUGGGUAGCGACGUGGGACUCUGGACAGUGCAGUGGGACUCUGGGCAGCGACGUGGGACUCUGGGCAGCGGCGUGGGACUCUGGACAGUGCAGUGGGACUCUGGGCAGCGACGUGGGACUCUGGGUAGCGACGUGGGACUCUGGACAGUGCAGUGGGACUCUGGGCAGCGGCGUGGGACUCUGGGCAGCGGCGUGGGACUCUGGGCAGCGGCGUGGGACUCUGGACAGUGCAGUGGGACUCUGGGCAGCGGCGUGGGACUCUGGACAGUGCAGUGGGACUCUGGGCAGCGACGUGGGACUCUGGACAGUGCAGUGGGACUCUGGGUAGCGACGUGGGACUCUGGACAGUGCAGUGGGACUCUGGGCAGCGGCGUGGGACUCUGGGCAGCGGCGUGGGACUCUGGGCAGCGGCGUGGGACUCUGGACAGUGCAGUGGGACUCUGGGCAGCGGCGUGGGACUCUGGACAGUGCAGUGGGACUCUGGGCAGCGACGUGGGACUCUGGACAGUGCAAUGGGACUCUGGGUAGCGACGUGAGACUCUGGACAGUGCAGUGGGACUCUGGGCAGCGGCGUGGGACUCUGGGCAGCGGCGUGGGACUCUGGGCAGCGGCGUGGGACUCUGGGCAGCGGCGUGGGACUCUGGACAGUGCAGUGGGACUCUGGACAGUGCAGUGGGACUCUGGGCAGCGACGUGGGACUCUGGACAGUGCAGUGGGACUCUGGGCAGCGGCGUGGGACUCUGGACAGCGGCGUGGGACUCUGGGCAGCGGCGUGGGACUCUGAACAACAAGUCCAUGAUGACACUUUUGAUAAUUUAGAAUGAUGAUAAUGGACUUAAUUUACAGGACAUGAAACUGUCUGUUCAAGCUCAGUACUUAAUGUAAUUUCCAAUUGAAAAUAACUUUAAAAAGUAGAAGUGACAUUCAAGGUAAUCAAAAAAAUAAUAAAACGUUUAAUUAAAUGUAACCAUGUUUGACCUUUUAGGAAACGUUCUGUUAAAGGAAUGAAAUUCCAAGAAAAUAGUUGUUUUUUUGUAAAAUGCCUUAAAUGUGCUGACAAUGUUGCAGAACCAAGCAACUGACCUCCACCAUUCCCAGAAAGGUGUUAGGUUGUUUACAAAAUAAUCAGAGCACAACCUCUCUCACCAAGCUCUAAGAAACAUAUGGUUCUCAGAACGUUGUGUGCUAGCUGGGUAAUGUAUUCCGAAAUAUGACUUAGUUGGAGUCAAAAAAAUACUAAAGUACUGUUGUGUGUGUGUGUGUGUGUGUGUGUGGGCACGUCAAGAGAACUCUGUAGAUCUAGUGGCCUGAUGAGUCCUAGUGGCUGGGGCAGCAGAGCAGAGAGCCCAUUAAAAGUGAACAGCCCUUA